CCCUACUCAUCACCCUGCAUUUUCGAGUCUUGACAAUCAUAUCCUCCUCCUGCCCACACAGAGAAGAAGAAAAAUGGCAAGUCUUACAGUUCCGGCAGAAGUUCCUUCAGUCGCUGAAGACUGUGAACAACUCCGAUCUGCCUUCAAAGGAUGGGGAACGAAUGAGAAGUUGAUUAUAUCAAUUUUGGCUCAUAGAAAUGCGGCUCAACGCAAAUUGAUUCGACAGACUUAUGCUGAGACUUUUGGGGAAGAUCUGCUUAAAGAGUUGGACAGAGAACUUACUCAUGAUUUUGAGAAAUUGGUGGUAGUAUGGACACUGGAUCCUGCAGAACGUGAUGCCUAUUUGGCUAAGGAAGCUACUAAGAGAUGGACAAAAAGCAACUUUGUUCUUGUGGAGAUAGCUUGUACCAGAUCUCCUAAAGAACUGGUUUUGGCAAGAGAAGCUUAUCAUGCUCGUAACAAGAAAUCUCUCGAAGAGGACGUUGCUUAUCACACUACUGGGGAUCACCGCAAGCUUUUGGUACCUCUUGUGAGCUCCUACCGAUAUGGGGGAGAUGAGGUGGACUUGCGACUUGCUAAAGCAGAAUCUAAAGUGCUGCAUGAGAAGAUCUCCGAUAAGGCUUACAGUGACGAUGAGGUCAUUAGAAUUUUAGCCACAAGGAGCAAAGCGCAACUCAAUGCUACUUUGAAUCAUUACAAAGAUGAAUAUGGUGAGGAUAUCCUAAAGCAAUUAGAAGAUGAGGAUGAGUUUGUUGCACUGUUAAGGGCCACCAUAAAAGGUCUUGUCUACCCCGAGCACUAUUUCGUGGAGGUUCUUCGUGAUGCAAUUAACAGGAGAGGAACAGAGGAAGAUCAUCUAACCCGAGUUAUCGCUACAAGGGCUGAGGUCGAUCUGAAGACUAUCGCUAACGAGUACCAGAAGAGGGAUAGCGUUCCUCUGGGUCGCGCCAUUGCCAAAGAUACAGGAGGAGAUUAUGAGAAUAUGCUGGUGGCUUUACUUGGACAAGAGGAGGAAUAAGAAGCGGAUUGGCUCACUUCUGUUUUAUAAUGACCAGAAUAAAUAUGCCAUUCUCCCAUAUAUUUCAGAGUUGGCAUGUGUUUGAUGAUUGAGUGUGGUCUGUUUCACAUGAGCUUUUAGUCCUUUUCUUCUUGUGAGAAACUUUGAAUAUGAAUCUUUGUGCUGUCUAAAAAUGUUCUCUAAUGA